AACUCCAAUAUGGAUGCUGAGAUAUCCAAUUUCUCAACACCUCAUGCCGAGGUGCUUCGAGCAUGGCCUUCUACCUCAUCACAGCAUUCAGUUAAGCUCCUUGAGACCCUGUCGGGAUAUUCAGCAUGGCAAUACGCUGUGGCUGUCUUACUGGCCGUAGUCUUCUAUGAUCAAGUCAUGUACAUCAAGCGAAAGGGCUCGAUUGCCGGACCACCACUAAAAAUACCCCUGAUGGGACCAUUUCUGCAGGCCCUUGAUCCAAAAUUCGACGGAUACCUUGCCCAGUGGGCGAGCGGGCCUCUCAGCUGUGUGUCUGUCUUCCACAAGUUCGUUGUUCUUGCUUCGGAUCGAGACAUAGCGCACAAGGUGUUCAAAUCACCCUCCUACGCCGAGCCGUGCCUAGUACCAAUCGCGAAGGACAUCUUGGGCCACAAAGCAUGGGUCUUCCUUCAAGGCAGAGAUCAUGCAGAGUACCGCAGGGGGUUGACUCCCCUGUUCACAAAUCGGGCCUUGGCUACGUAUCUUCCAGUGCAGGAGCGGGUACUUUCCGAUUACUUUGAAAGGUUCACUUCCGCCAGCAAGGAGAACAACGGAAAGCCCAUGGAAUUCAUGACCAUGUUCCGUGAGAUAAAUUGUGCGAUCUCUUGUCGCACGUUCUUUGGUGAUUACAUCUCUCAGGCAGCGGUCAAAAAGAUCGCCGACGACUUCUAUCUAGCAACGGCCGCCCUCGAAUUGGUCAAUGUGCCUCUGUCAAUGUACAUUCCCUUCACCAAGCCCUGGUGGGGAAAGCGAACGGCAGAUGCCGUCCAUGUCGAGUUUGCAAAAUGUGCAGCUGCAUCCAAAGCAAAUAUGGCGACCGGUGCGGAGCCCAAGUGUAUCGUCGAUCACUGGGUGCUUCACAUGAUCGAGUCCCAGAGAUACCGCGAGAGAGUCGCAGCAGGAGAAACGGACGUGGAAAAGCCGACAAACAUGAUUCGAGAGUUCACCAACGAGGAAAUUGGAGAGACACUAUUCACCUUCCUCUUCGCGUCCCAAGAUGCUUCUAGCAGUGCAACGACCUGGCUGUUCCAAAUCCUCGCCCAGCGGCCCGAUGUCCUCAACAAGUUACGACAAGAGAACCUGGAAGCUCGUGGCGGCGAUAAGAACAAGAACUUCGAUCUUCCCAUGCUAGAGUCACUCACCUAUACGAACGCUGUUAUCAAAGAACUUCUUCGCCACCGGCCGCCUGUCAUCAUGGUGCCUUACCUUGCGACCAAGAACUUUCCCGUGACUCCCAAUUACACAGUACCUAAGGGUGCAAUGAUCAUUCCAUCUUGCUAUCCGGCUCUGCAUGAUCCAAAUGUAUACCCCAAUCCCGAUACCUUCGACCCUGAGCGGUGGAUAUCCGGAGACGCCGAGUCCAAAACAAAGAACUGGCUUGUCUUCGGCGCUGGUCCCCACGAUUGCCUCGCCAGAAGAUACGUGCCGUUGUCCAUGGCAGGAAUGAUUGGAAAGGCAGCCCUGGAGCUUGAUUGGGAGCACAAUGCUACUGAUAAGUCAGAGGAGAUUCGAGUAUUUGCCACGCUAUUCCCGAUGGAUGGCUGCCCACUUGUGUUCACAAAGCGUUCUUAG